UGCGCAAACCACCACACGUACCGCCACACCCCCCCCCCAAACAAUGGCCUCGGAGCCCUCGCCCUCGCCGCCCGCGCCCCUCACCGCAUCCGGCCUCACGAUCCCGUCCGACAGCGAAAACUACGACGCUGACGCCAACGCCGACCUGUCGGCCUCCACGUCGUCGCCCGCCUCGAGCGCCUCGCCCCUGAUUCUGUACCAGCCGCCGACGCUGUGGGGCCUGCUGCGCGGCGCAGCCAUCAAUCUGGUGCUGCCGUUUGUCAACGGCCUGAUGCUGGGCUUUGGCGAGCUGGUUGCGAAUGAAGCUGCGUAUCGGCUGGGGUGGUCGGGGACAAAGAUAUUCCCAAGCCACCGCUCAGCACCAGGCAGCACACGACGCGUGGGCCCAGGCGUCGAGAUGCGCGCCGACCCCGUGGAGCGCAGGCGGCGAAACGGCCAGGAACUCGACAUGUACACGGCACUAGAAUGAAAGAGAGAAAGAAAGGAAGAAAUUCCCCAAACCCGGUGGCAUCCCUCUUGUUUUUUUUGUUCCCUUGCGGUGAUAAGGUGUGGCAGCAUGCAAGCAGGCAAGGCAAGGCAAGGCAAGGCAAGGCAAAAAGACCCCCAAAGUAAAUAUUAGACAUCACAACAA